UGUGAGUGUAUGAGUGUGUACAUGAGCUUAAAGUGCCGUGCAGAAGGCUACAUACCAGGACAGGCGUAUAAAUAUUUCUGAUCCAAGAGCGCAGCGAGAAAACUCUCCAAAAGUUUCACGCUGAGGGAAACUUACUGAAGGCGAAGCAGAGGAUUUCAUCGCUGAUCCGGAGGAGAAGCCACGAAGAUAAAAAUGCCAGGUGAGCGGUUGACAGUCAGAGGCACAGCAGAUGUUGGGCGUUUCCCUGGAGCAGCCCCGCCCACCAGGGUGGAGCUGAGCAUUCAGAAGGAGGAUAAAGAUGACGAGGGCGGCUGUCGCAGCUGGUUCAGGAAGAUGUGUCCUUGUUGCUGUAAGCGUCAGAACAGCAUUUCCUAUGAUGUCACGGACAAGGUGGAACUGGUCAAAGUCCCGACAGCAACUCCGACCAACGACUCCACCAAGCCGAAGGCUGAGAACGGAGAAGCAAAAGAGAUGGAGGAACUGAAGCUGUUGGUGCGCUCUGUGGAUCUGCUGAGUGCCAAGAAGGGUCAGAACAGACUGGAGCACCACACCGACCUGUACCACGGGGACAACAUGAUCAUCCGCCGAGGACAGACCUUCCAGAUAGAGGUGGAGCUCAGCAGACCCUUCAAUUCUGAGACUCACAAGCUGCACCUGGACCUGAGGACAGGUCCCCUGCCCAUGGUGUCCAAAGGUACCCAUGUCAUCGUCCCCCUGGUGGAUCACUUGGAGGACGAACGCUGGGAAGCCAAGAUAGUCGAGCAUAACGGCAACAAGAUCAAGCUGUCGGUCAACUCCCCGGCCAACGCUGUGAUUGGCCUGUACGGCCUCACUGUGACAACCAGCUCGACAAAGGGCGAAGCAACAACUACUUACAACUCCAGCAAGAACAUUGUCAUGCUCUUCAAUCCCUGGUGUGAAGAGGACACGGUGUUCAUGGACAAUGAGGAGGAGAGAAAGGAGUACGUUCUGAGCGACGUUGGAAGGCUCUAUUAUGGCACAGAGAACCAGAUCGGGGCUCGCACAUGGAACUUUGGACAGUUUCAUGAGGGAGUCCUGGAAGCGUGUCUGUUUAUCUUGGAGAAGAGCGACAUGCCUGCAUCUGGCCGAGGGGAUCCUGUCAACGUGGUCAGAGUCUUAUCUGCCAUGAUAAACGCUCAGGAUGAUUUUGGGGUCCUGGUAGGGAACUGGUCUGGGGAUUACUCUGAUGGAGUCUCUCCUGCAGCGUGGAGUAGCAGUGUGGAGAUCCUGAGGAAAUACCACUCCUCCGAUGGGACGCCUGUGUCAUAUGGACAGUGCUGGGUCUUCUCUGGGAUCACAACAACAGUGCUGCGUUGUCUUGGUAUACCUGCCCGCAGCGUCACCAACUUCCAGUCUGCUCAUGACACUGAUGUUUCUCUCACCACUGAUAUCUACUUUGACGAGGACAUGGAGCCCAUCGACUACCUCAAUAGCGACUCUGUCUGGAACUUCCACGUAUGGAAUGACUGCUGGAUGGCGAGGCCAGACCUGCCGCCUGGCUACGGAGGCUGGCAGGCUGUUGACUCUACUCCCCAGGAAACUAGCCAGGGCACCUUCCGCUGUGGCCCUGCCUCCGUCAACGCCAUCCGUGCUGGCCAGGUCUACCUCAAACAUGACACGCCAUUCGUAUUUGCUGAGGUCAACAGUGAUAAGAUCUACUGGCAGAGGAACCAGGACUCAACUUUCACCCAGAUCCACAGUGAAAAGAAGGCUAUUGGCCACUGCAUCAGCACUAAAGCAGUGGGCUCAGAUGAUCGGGCAGAUAUCACGCACCUGUACAAACACCAUGAAGGUUCAGAAGAGGAGCGCAUCGCCGUCGAGACUGCCAGCCGCUACGGCAGCAAGCCAGAUGCCUACUCCUCACCCGUGGCGGAGGAUGUGAUCGUGGAGGUGAAGAUGGAGGAUGAAGGGCCUAAGAUGGGUGCAGAUGCCAAGCUGAAGAUCGUGGUGAAGAACCAGAGCUCACAGCCUCGUAAGACCACUCUGCACAGCCAGGUGUCCGUCAUGUACUACACUGGUGUGCUGAAGGGCACCAUCAAGAAGGAGCAGAUGCCCGUGGAGCUUUCGCCACAUGAAGAGAAGAUCAUUGACUGGAUGCUGCCCUACCAACAAUACCAGAACCAGCUGGUGGAUCAGGCCGCUCUUAUGCUAACUCUGUCUGGAAGAGUCAUCGAGACCCAGCAAGUACUCGCCAACCAGACCACCUUCAGGCUCCGCACACCUGACCUCACCAUCACGCCUUUGGGAGACGCUGUGGUUGGUAAGGAGAUGGCAGCCAAGAUUACCUUCACCAACCCCCUGCCCCGUAUGCUCAAAGGAGUUAUAUUCAGAGUGGAGGGCCUGGGUCUGCAGAAAGGCCAUGAAGUAGUAGUUGGCGACGUUGGCGGUCUCUCCACUGUGACAUUGACAGAGCACUUCAUCCCUACCCAGCCCGGGCCCAGGAAGCUGGUGGCGUCUCUUGACUGUAAACAGCUGACUCAAGUGCACGGAGUGGCUGAUAUUAUUGUUCAUGAGCAUUGAAAGGGUGCUAGAAGCGUUAGCUUCCUGCCCUGCUUCACUCGCAGAUUAUUCUGUAUGAAUUAUAAACUGAGAGCCUCAAACUAUAAGAAAAGUGUGCUCCGAUUCUGUAUCUUAAACUCUCUUGUUUAUUUGUCACUACAGUCAUUUUUAAAGUCUCUGUUUAGCCUGUUAGCCAGUGUAGCACUGUCAGUAUUAUUUUUUUAACUUGAAAAUAACUAAGAGAAGAAUUCACGCUUCUGCCUUGCUCUGGAUUUAAAACUGGUGAAUGCGUGCACAAUGAAUGAAGUGCCUGGAUUAACAAGCUUUCUUAUUCUGAAGUUAUUAAGCUGUCACAUUACAUACACUAGUACAUUUUAACACAAUGAAAUUAUGAAGAAAAGGGUCCACAAGUGGGGUCAAGAUAAUUAAGUAAUCAUGUAAAUAUUUUAUUUCUAUCACUCAUUUAUUGUUAUGAGACGAAGAGGACGUGAAGCGUAUUUUCAGACAGAAUAAACCUUGUUGAGCUCACAUGAAGGAAGAACACUGUGAGGUGUUAUUAAAGGAAGUGAUGCUGAAAUUGGCUUUGGCAUUUUGCAAAAGGGCACAUUAUAAUUUCUCCAGUUUUCUCAGAUCAACUGGCUGAUAAAAGGGUGCAGAUUUUUUUAGAAAGAUUGUCAUAAUAAUCAGUUUUAAUUCAAAUUUUACAUCCAAAAAAUAACCACUUUUAUCAUGGAAAUGUCUCAGUUUACAGAAGCAAUCCCGUAUGUCUCCCCAGGAAGGAUGUUGCUCUGAAUGCAUUGUGUGUGUUUCUACGUUAUGUGUGUAUAAUAACACUGAUAUCAACCUUACAGGAUAUUGCAAAAUUAGACUCAACUGCUGUGAUUCCCAGCCGGAGCCGUUGCAGGCCUUAACUCACCUUAGUUUUAGCAGGUUUGAGUCUGUGUGACACAAUGUGAAGGAAACUAGUUCAUUAACAAUACACUAUUUAUCUACCUUAUCUACUUGAAUGUUUUUUUGUAUUGUAUGUUUUGCAUUGGGAAUAAAACUUACACAUCCCUGAA